CCUUAAAAGAAGAAGCUUGCGGGCCAGCCGCCUAGUUCUGCCUGUGUUACACUGCCUAUGCACUUAGAAGAUGAAGCCCUUGUCUCUCUUAAUAGAGAUAUUGAUCAUUCUUGGGGUCACAAUUAAAAAUAUCGAAGCAGAAAAACAUAAUAAAAAACAAAAAGAAAGAAAUGUCACCACACAGGUAUCUGUAAAUGAAAUCAAACAAUUUUUAUCACGUAUAUUGGACCAAAGAACAUUGGUUAAAGUAAUCAAUAAAAGAGAAAAUCCCAUAGAAAAAGAGAAGAAUCAACGUAAAUUCAAAAUAAAAGGAAUUCAAAAUAAAGACCUCUCAGAAAGAAAUCAAAAUUAUUUGAAAAAGCAAGCAAAGAAAAAUUUCACAGAUGAAGGAGACCAGCUAUUUAAAAUGGGCAUCAAGAUUCUCCAGCAGUCUAAAACCCAAACACAAAAAGCCGAAGCCUACAUACUCUUUGCCAAAGCAGCUAACAUGGGGAACUUGAAAGCUAUGGAGAAAAUGGCUGAUGCUUUGUUAUUUGGAAAUUUUGGCAUGCAAAACAUAACAGCAGCUAUCCAAUUAUAUGAGUCCUUGGCUAAAGAAGGAUCAUACAAAGCCCAAAACGCAUUAGGAUUUUUGUCUUCUUAUGGAAUAGGAAUGGAAUAUAAUCCAGCCAAGGCACUGAUAUAUUAUACCUUUGGAAGUGCUGGAGGAAGCAUGAUGUCCCAGAUGAUUUUGGGGUACAGAUAUUUGUCAGGAAUCAAUGUUCUACAGAAUUGUGAAGUUGCCCUAAAUCAUUACAAGAAAGUGGCAGAUUAUAUUGCUGACAAAUUGGAAAAAAGUGAAGGUAUUCCAGUGGAAAAAGUGAGACUAACUGAGAGACCUGAAAACCUAAGUUCUAACAGUGAGAUCCUGGAUUGGGACAUAUACCAAUACUAUAAAUUUUUGGCAGAAAGAGGAGAUGUUCAAAUACAAGUAUCUCUUGGACAAUUACAUCUAAUUGGGAGGAAAGGUCUGGAUCAGGAUUACUCCAAAGCGUUAUACUACUUCUUAAAGGCAGCAAAGGCCGGGAGUGCAAAUGCCAUGGCAUUUAUAGGAAAGAUGUAUUUAGAGGGUAAUGAUGCAGCACCACAAAAUAAUGCUACCGCUUUCAAAUACUUUUCCAUGGCAGCCAAUAAGGACAAUGCAAUUGGUCUUCAUGGGCUCGGUCUUCUUUACUUUUAUGGGAAAGGAGUUCCUGUGAAUUAUGCUGAAGCACUUAAAUACUUUCAGAAAGCUGCAGAGAAAGGAUGGCCCAAUGCACAGUUUCAGUUAGGCCUCAUGUACUACUCUGGCUCUGGAGUAUGGAAGGAUUAUAAACGUGCCUUCAAAUAUUUUUACUUGGCAUCUCAGAGUGGGCAGCCCCUUGCCAUUUAUUAUCUGGCUGAGAUGUACGCCACAGGAACAGGAGUGUUAAGAUCAUGCAGAACUGCUGUGGAGAAAAGGCUAAAAUUAUUGAAAAAGAGAAGAUGUAUCCAAUGGCACUUCUCCUAUGGAAUCGAGCUGCCAUUCAAGGACAUUCACAUGGCCAGGAGAUUAUAUGAUAUGGCUGCUCAAACAAGUCCUGAGGCUCACAUACCUGUGUCACUUGCCCUCAUGAAACUGGAAACUGUGCACUUGCUCCAAGAUACCCUGUUUUUUAACUUUACAAUGCAAUGGAAAUGGAUAAAACUGGACAACACCCUUGCACCAUACUGGGAUUUGUUUGGGAUUGGCCUAAUUAUUGCAGCGCUGAUCUUCUUGCUUAGAAAUCGCUAUGGGUAGGAUCUAGAUCAUAGGAAAACCUGCUCAAGAGAACCAGUUUACUCCAAGGUAUCCUUGCUAAAUAAAGAACUCCCUCAUCAAACUCAGGAGUCUGCUGCAGAUUUCCCAUACAGCCCUGUGAUGGAAAAUGGACAAAGCUUGGGACUUAUCCUCUGAGAAACCAUUUCAGGCUUCCUGCUUAGUUGAGGUGACCACUCGAGGAGUACUGGGGACUGGUCACCUAACACUUCAUCAUAAACUUGUCAUCUUGGUGAUCUAGUUCUGAGUUUGGGAUAAAGACGACCCAUUUUCAUGUUAUUAUAAUAACCUUUCAAGAGGACAAAAUGGGUCCUCUUGGCUCCUACAGACACAGCAAGGUAGGGAGUAGGGGAAGUUCUGGGAGGGUAGGAACAGACCCCUCAGAAUCUGAUAAAGACAAAAACUAUAGAUAGACCCUUCAUCUUAUGGGAAUGAUCCUGUGAACUGCAUCAUAAGCCUACUGAGCAAAAGCCCCUGUGGCAUGCUGUGCUAGGGGGCUGACCUGGACUCCUCACCAAGGGGCCUUCUAGCAAAGCUCCAUUAACAACUGAGUAGCAAAUAUUGUCAUCUGGGGUCUGUCCGCAACCCUCUCUCCCAUCCCUGUUUGGAAUCCUGUUCUAUCUGGGGAAUCCCCUGUGUGGUACCCAUAGAGUGGGUUGCUACUAGCCUCCUGGGACAGAAGCUAAAAUGUACAGCUCUCUCUCUACCCUGACAGGCAGAGCAGGGCCCCAGGACUGGGGAAAGGGUAGGUGAGGAGAGUUCAGGAGGCCCAUGACUCAUAUCAAGGGCCAGGCUUGAAUCUCAGUUCCACAACUCUUCAGAGAUUCGACCUCUCUGAGU